AUGAGCAAGCGCCAGCAGAAACGGCAGCGCCACGAGCAGAAGAGUCAGCUCCGCCGAAAGCAGCUCGCAGCGGCGUUGCACGCCAAGCGUAUCGCGAGUAGCGGGGGAGGAGGGGGCGCGGGAAAACCUCAGCGGAAGAGUGCAAAGGGAGCGGCUCAGACGAGAGGCGGUGGGGGCAGCAGGCGGGGAGCAGUGGAGAAGGCAAAGAAGGGGCUGGUGGAGGCGCGCGGCGAGGCGAGGCACGCGGGCGCGUGGAGGGAUCGAAGAAACGAUGCGGUGGUGGGAGCGGAGGACAGAGACGGCGGCGAGGAGCGGAGAGAGAGCGCGGGCGGAAACCCAGAGACUGGGGAGGAGCAGGCGGGGAGGGCGGAGGGGGGUGAGAGCUCUGAGGUUGGCGGGGAAGGUGCGGGCGGGAUGGGUUCGAAAGGGGGGGUUGAGCGCGGCGCUGUGGAGGUGAGGCUGCAAGGGGACGAGGGAGGUGGGGGCGGUGAUGGGCGGGGCAGUGUGCGAGUGGUAGGGGGGCGGAUGGGGGGGGCGGACGAUGCAGGCGCGGAGGGCAAGGAUGGGGGAAGGCCCUUUGGAGUGAGGAGCAGUGAGAAGCGAGGGAUGGAGGGAGAAGCGGAGGGGGAGGACGAGGAGGACGAGGAGGACGAGGAGGGGGGGGGAAGUGGGAAGGAUGAAGGGGAGGAGGAGGAGGAGGGAGAUGAGGAGGAGGAUGUAGCAAGGAGAGGCAAAGAAGCGAAAGGCAAGAAGAGGGAGCGAGGGGAAGGGCCGUCUGGUCUGAGAGGCUUCCACCCGUCACAGCGCAUUCUGCUGGUGGGCGAGGGCGACUUCUCCUUCACGCGUGCUCUCCUGCGCCUCAUGGCGCCCGCGCGCCCACUGGCCCUCUUCGCCACGGCGCUUGACUCGCGCCACACCAUCGUGCAGAAGUAUGGGGAGGAGGCGGGCGCGGUGCUGCAGGAGGUGGAGGCGGGCGGGGCACACGUGCUCUUCAAUGUCGACGCCACUCGCCUCGCUCACACUCUGCACCUCGGCAAGCGGCGCAGGAAGGGGAAAGCAAAUCCGUUGGAAAAGCCUUUUGACCGGAUAGUGUUCAACUUCCCCCACGUGGGGCUCGGCAUCAAGGACGAGCGCAUCAACGUCCAGCGCAAUCGGCAGUUGCUAUUUGACUUCUUUGUGAGUGCAGCGCCGCUGGUGGCGCCGCAGGGCGAGGUGCGAGUGUCGCUGCGCACGGGGCACCCGUACAGCCUGUGGAACGCACCCGCGCUGGCGGAGGAGUCUCGUGCGCUGCGCCUCAAGUUCACCCACCGCUUCCAUGCCGACCACUUCCCAGG